CCGUCUGGGAAGCCGUUGACAGCGGGGAAGAGUAGGCCGAAGUCGGUAAACACAACAAAUAUAUCAAAAUUAGUUGCAAACAACCAAAAUAUUUGAGCUAAUUUCAUAAAUGUAGAAUGCGUAACAUUAUUUUAAAGCUGUGCGAGGUCCGUUAGGGGACAAAGUCAGUAGCAAAGAGGGCGUGCACCUGUCCACGCUAAGUAGGUUAACGCAGCUAACCUGUGCUAGCACGUUAGGCGGUUCGCUGAACACGCUCAGGUUAGCUCGGCCAGCCAUGUCGUCCCCUUCCUCCUCCAGGCGCCAGUGGUGCUACCUGUGCGACUUGCCAAAGAUGCCAUGGACCGUGGUGUGGGACUUCAGCGAGGUGGUCUGCCGUGGAUGCGUGAACUACGAGGGAGCCAACCAGAUUGAAUUCCUGAUCGCGAGCGCCCGCCAGUUGAAGCGAACUCACGGCAUGCAGGACGGUAACGUGAGGUCACCUGGUCCCUCUCCCAAUAAACACGGCACAUCAGCCCGGGGAGAGGUGGCGGCAGACGGAGGCAGGCCGCACGGGGACCGUUUCGAGAGGGGAGGAAGAGGAGAAAUUACCGCUUCAACUAUUCGUGUACCGCCAAACGGGCUGCAUCGUGACGGCCAGCCGCCUCAAGAAGUUAACCGUCAGAGCCCCAGUGGCAGCCGGAGAUCCAUGAUUAGCGCAGCCAUCCCUCCUAAUCUAGUGACUCAGAGUAUUGCAGGUAUCCCCCCUGGGAUACUUGCAGGGAUGCCCGCGGGUCUGACGGCCCGGACAGCCCCUAUGAGCAGCCCUAUGAUCUUCCCUGCCCCUGUGCUGGCAGAGAUGAGCCGCAGACAGUUGGGAAUAGGGAUGGGGAUCACCCCUUUUAUCACGCCAGAGCUGGAGCGAGAGCUGAGUUCCUCCCAGAACCAGCCCAAGACGCAGACCCACACAGUUGUGGCUGGCAGCAGUACCAGCAAGAGUACAAGCUUGGCUUCUUCAUCAUUCUCCAUGGCUGGAGGUGUAAGCCAGACUAGUCCUAAACCUGCAUCAUCUCCAGCCAGGCAGCCACGCCCCCUAACUGCAAGGUCAGGAGGAGAGCCCCUAGGAUCCAGCACCUCAGCGGAGGCAGCUACCACCGCUGCCGCAGCGUUACCCCACAGCGGUGCCUCUGAGCUGGCAUCUGCAUCUGCCAAUAACAGCCAUUCAGCUGGAAACAGUCUGUCCUGCACCUUGUGUCAUGAGAGACUGGAAGACACCCACUUUGUUCAAUGUCCAUCAGUGCCAGGCCACAGGUUCUGCUUCCCGUGCACAAGAGUGUAUAUCCAGAGUAGGCAUGGUGAUGGGGAAGUGUACUGCCCCAGCGGAGAGCGCUGUCCAUUGGAUACCUCUCCCAACAGUCCCCCAUGGGCCUUCAUGCAGGGGGAGAUAACCACCAUUCUGGGAAAUGGUGCUGCCAGUUCAGGAUCGAGCGGAGCAGGGUCUGCUUCAGCUCCUGCAUCAGCUCCUACAUCUGGAGCCAGUACUGGACCUGGAGCUGCAGCUUCAUCGGGGUCUGGAAGUGGAACAGCAGCACCAACAGCUGGAGCAGGGAGCGGGAGUGGGAGUGGAGAUGUCACUGUCAAGAAAGAGAGAGAGACGUGAUGGUGGUUUCAGUGGCAGCAUGGACCCAACACAGCAACAGAAUCGUAUCCCAGAUCAGAACAGACGUCUCCCCCGAACAGCUAAGAGUCCCAGAAGAGAAGCAACGCAACAACCUACAAAUCUCAAAACAUCCAUUAAGCAAGUUAAACUGCUUGUCACAUUGAAAUGAAUUCAAAACUAUUAGGCCUAAUCAGAGAUCUGAUGAUGGCAGCAAAGACUGCCUGCACACAUCACUUGUUUUUUCUCUGAGCAACUGCUGAUUUUUGCCACUGUAUAGUGAGCUUGUGAAAUUAAAUUUCCCAAUGCAUUCUGUGCAUUGCACGCUCACUUGCAGCAAUGCUGUAAAACAGUUUAAUGCCAUUUUAAUUUUUCAGUCCAGAAAACAGCAGAGAUACUAAUGGAAUAUCACCACCACAACCAGACAUACAGCGUAAAAAUUUCCUUAAUGAUGCGAUGGUGGAAUCACAUAUUCAGGAAGAAUCACAAGCUGGACAGCGACUACUGCUUAAGAGUUGGUAAUUAGUUGUGUUACUCAAAACAAGCAUCGCUUUCACAUUAGCAGAUGGAUAUAGAUUAUAGCAUUCCUAUCUGAACACAUACAAUGCAGCUUUGUCAGGUGCUUCCUGGAUCUUCCCAUUAAGCACAAGAUAUCCUUUAGUGUUGGUGCUUUGGCACUAUAGCUGCGCUACAUUGGCUGCUGAGGCGUAACAGCAACUUUUAACAGGAGUGCAAAGGCCUAGUGAGGAUGUAGAGGUGAUGAUGGCACAUUUUACAGGGUUGACUGCCAAGAGACCCUGAUUUGUACCCCAUUCAGAGCUGUGUGUUUUAUCCUUUGUUUUUGUUUUUUUUUUUUACCUCGGUUUAUGCUCUCAGAUCCACUCACUGGUUAGGUUUAGGCACUAAAGACUACUUGGUUAAGAUUAGUGAACCCAGCUCCUUGACAAAUGAUGCGUUGCAAGCGAUUGAUGACUCAUUUAUACCAUAACCCAGUGUGUCACAGCAAACAUGCCAAAGGACACUUUGAGCAUAAAUUAGUUACGGUGUAGCUACAAUACGUGGUACUGAUUGGCACCUUGGAGAUAAAGACAGAAAUACUUUAGUCAAAGCAAUUGACAUCAGUUUAAUUUGUGUCAGUGAUGGCUUGUUAGGAGACCUGAUAGAUGAGUGAUUAGAGUUCUCAAACUCUUAGACAAUAGCCGCUUCCCAGUGUUGUCAGCAUACACUCAGCUUUGUGCAGGGAAAAGCACAAAUAUAUAUACUACAUAUACAUAUAUAUAUAUAUAUAUAUAUAUAUAUUUACAUGUAUGUCAAAGUAUAUCUAAACAGCAGCCACAGCUGUUCUUUUUAUUGUUGAAAAGUUGAGUUAAUUGUCUUGGGAAAAAAUGCCAUAUUAUUUACCAAUGCUUCAUCAAAUGAAAUAUUUUCUGCUUCUACAAGUUAAAUUUACGGCUUAUAACUGACAUGACACUGACAGUGAUGAUGUAAUGUACCUUCAGCAGAUUUGUUUUUUAAUUGCUUCAUGACUGAAUCUGUGUCCUGAUGCACAGAUUUUCUUUCUUUCUUUUUUUUUCUUUUAAAUCUCCUGUAAAACAUCUAAACAAACCUACAUUAGAUGUGGACAGAAUGCCAGUAGAGACAUUUCUGUGCGCUUGUGCAUUUGUUGUUUUUGUUUUGGAUUUUUUUUUUGUCAGCUUAAAUUGAAGUUGACUUUAACUCAGAGAAAGGAGAAUGUUUUGCUGUGUAGACACAACCAGUUAACCUGUCAGCGCGUCGACCAGCAGCAGAAACUCAGUGUUUGACUGUAUUUAAAUGUUGCUUUCAUACGAGAUUCAGCCCAGCCUACAUUUUACCCCGAAUGUAUAUAUAUAAAAAAAAAAUCUAUUGAUAGGCCUACGAUUAUAUUUUAUACUAGAAUGUUAAAUGUUAUAUACUGUAAAGAACUGUAAUAGUACACACGUGCAAUCCUUAGACAUAGUACAUGCAACAGUUUGGCAUAUGGUAUUAAAAAAAUUGCGCAUCAUUUCUUAAACUUUUUUUUUUUUUUUUCAAGUGAGAAUCCACUGAAAAGCAGAAACCUUUGUUUCUGAUCCAGAGAUGGUAAAUGGUAAAUGGCCUGUAUUUGUAUAGCGCUUUACUAGUCCCUAAGGACCCCAAAGCGCUUUACACGUUCAGUCAUUCACACACACAUUCACACACUGGUGAUGGCAAGCUAGAUUGUAGCCACAGCCACCCUGGGGCGCACUGACAUGCGCCCCAGGGUGGCUGUGGCCCCAGUGGCGCCCCACUGAGAUGUUUAAUAAAUCUGUGUGGUCUGGUUUCCUGUCAUAGUAUUGAACAUUGUAUAUUAUUUCCCAUUUGCUAUAUUUCAAAUUAAUUUCAUAAAUACAUUAAAGUGUGCAGGGAUGUCAUGUUCCUAAAUUGAACAACCAGACAUUGUAAUGAUAAUAUGUCAAAAUGAGUUUGUUUUUUGGUGGAUUCUCUCUUUACGUGCAGUGAGUACUUGACAGUACAGAAGCACAGACAAACCAAAGGUAAUUUUAUGCCCAAAAUGAUGUUUAUAAAUGUAAAUGUUUUAUGGAAGACACACACAUACAUAUAUAUAAUUUUUUUUUUCAUUAUUUGUUGGCCAAGUUGGUUCUCUUCAUUAGGCCGUUACAGUUAACAGGCCCAUGUGUUCUACUGUACUUAUAGGAUAUGUACAGUCUAUAGUCUGCAGCAGAUCCUUACAUAGCACUUAUAUAUUUUAAAGGGGACCUAUUAUGCUAAUUUCUAGUUCAGUAUUUUUAUGCUUUUACUUUGCUAGAGUAGCUUUGCAUGAUUCAUAGUUCAAAAUAAUUAACAAUUUUUCUCAGACUGGGCCUUGAUGCAGCCCUCCAAUUCAUUCUGUCUGAAAUGAGCCAUUUUAUGACCGUUCUCCCUUUAAGUCAUCUUUCUCGUGGCUCAAAAGUUGGGAGUUCGCCUUGUAAUCGGAAGGUUGCCGGUUCGAGCCCCGGCUUGGACAGUCUCGGUCGUUGUGUCCUUGGGCAAGACACUUCACCCGUUGCCUACUGGUGGUGGCCAGAGGGCCCGGUGGCGCCAGUGUUCGGCAGCCUCGCCUCUGUCAGUGCGCCCCAGGGUGGCUGUGGCUACAUGUAGCUUGCCAUCACCAGUGUGUGAAUGUGUGCGUGAAUGGGUGGAUGACUGGAUGUGUAAAGCGCUUUGGGGUCCUUAGGGACUAGUAAAGCGCUAUACAAAUACAGGCCAUUUAUUUCUUCUGAUUGGCUGCCUGUCGCAAACAGAAGGCUUAAAGAACCGGUGGGUGGGGCUUUCUCUUUGACAUCAUACAGAACUAAAAAUAGAAAAGAAGUGUCAGAAACUGAGUGUUUAGAGCCUGAAUUAUAAGGUGACCAGGAUUACAUGUACAUACACUAACCUUGUGUUUUGAAAUUUUAGCCAUGUUUCUUAUAUGCAUCCACCUCAGUAUAUAUUUGACAGAAAUUCAGGAGGGAAAAAAAGCAUAAUAGGUCCGCUUUACAAAAAGAUCCCACAGAUCAGGCCUGUUGUAGAGAAACAUCUUUGAAGAAAUGUAAUAGUAUAAUAUGCACUGAUAUGUCAUGCAAUCCCUUGUUAAGUGCCUUUUAAAAAUGUUUACCAUCUGUUUUUGUGUCUGGGAACCUCAGGGGAAGUUAGGAGUGUAAUGGCUUCUUUUAUUGUCUUGUCAAUGAUUAACCUGAAUCUGCUUCCCUUCGAUCACCAUCUGACCGCUUUUGCUUUUAUCUGAAGCCUUCGUAAAGUUGACAGGCCCUUCGGUGUUUUAUUUGAAUCCUCCCACUAUGUCAUUUUUCAUUUAUGUGACUUUUUUUGUAGAUCUGUCAGUUUUAUUGCAGCUUCCUGUACAACAUAAAACCAGGAAUAAAUGGGAUGGAAACUUG